GAGCUGAGCUCAGUUCUGCGCUCACUCUUGAUGCAGGAGCUCAGUCACACUUAAACACAGCCAGGACUCUGCAUUCUACCUGCGUGCUCAGCGAACAAGCUGCUAAUACCUCGAGAGGUUUUCUUUGCAUUUCUGAUAAUCCAAAGUUCAGACAAGCUGUUGGAAUUUAAGAGCCGAUUACUCUCUUCAACAUACUGCUGAUACGUUGCAAGUUUUACUACUUUUGUUUUUUCUCCUCGGAGGACUUCCAGGAACACUUUGCACGGGUUUUUAUCUGGUUGCUUCAAUAGCAUGGGUGUUUUGAGGAAUGUAUUAUCCUUUUAAUACGACUCAAAAGAUGUUUUACUGUACAAAAGAAGAGUGAUUCAGCCGGUAAGUCCCACUUGUGAUUUUUUUUUCUUUCAUGUCUUGAGGCACUGGACACAUUUGUUCAGGCAGCUGAUGUUUUUCUAAUAUCUCCACAGAUCAAAAUAUUUUCUGUUUGUUUUUUAAUUUCAAACGUACUAAAGGAGCUCAUCUAUGGUCCAAAGCCUUUAACAUUUGAGUCACCUUGUGGAGUUCUACAAGUACACAUUAUGGCGUUCGGUGACCUCCUGGAGCAGGUGGGCAGCACAGGACGCUUUCAAGUCCUGCAUGUGACUCUGCUUGUUAUCCCCGUCCUGCUGAUGGCCAGUCACAACCUGCUGCAGAACUUUGUGGCCGCUGUGCCGGAUCACUACUGCAGCGCUCACACUAACCUCUCUCAGCCCCAGCUGAGCCCGGAGCAGACGCUGCUCAUCACGGUGCCACUGGACCAGACAGGGAAGCCGGAGAGGUGUCGACGUUAUGUCACCCCUCAGUGGCACCUCCUAGCUGAGAACGGGACCUCAAGCUUUGAUGACAAUGAUCUGUAUGAUGCGGGGGAUGUUGACCUGCAGGAAUGCACAGAUGGAUGGUCCUACAACAUGACGGACAUGGUCUCCACAAUCAUAUCAGAUGUAGGACUACACAUCUCUUUAUUUCAUUCAUUUUGAUCCAUGCAUGUGUGUGCUUUCAUCUCAUUUGUUUUUCAUUUGUCUUACAUUUUGUCAGUUUGACUUGGUGUGUGAUAUCCGCUCUUUGAAGCAAAUGAGUCAAACUGUCUACAUGGGUGGGGUGCUUGUGGGAGCUUUUAUCUUUGGAGGCAUGUCAGACAGGUAAAUAUCAGUCCUAUGGUAUACUCAUUUAUCUACUACAUGUUUUAUCAUAAUUUGAAUAUGUAUAAACAUCACUGACAAAAACUGUAGCCAGGUCAAGCCAUAAACCGUGUGAAAUGAUAUUAACUUAAUAGCUCAAACUGAAAAUAACUUUACUGUUCGAAAAUCCCCACUAGAUAUGGUCGACGCAUCCUUCUGCUUUUCUCUCACCUGCUGAUGGCUGUGGGAGGAACGUGUGCAGCUUUCUCCACCUCCUUCUCCCUCUUCUGCCUGUCCCGGUUUUUUUGUGGCAUGGCUCUAUCUGGCUUGGGGCUCAACACUUUCUCACUGAGUAAGAUCUUAACCUGGAUGGGGAACAAUCACAGAAUUAAAAAAUGAAGCUUUGUUGAAUUAUACAAUGUAUUAACGUUUCUCCAUCUGUGACUCAUUACUUCACAGUUGUGGAGUGGAUCCCAACUCGAGUACGGACUAUAGUGGGGACACUAACAGGUUACUGUUACACAGUGGGACAGCUGAUCCUGGCAGCCAUCGCCUACUUCAUUCGAGACUGGAGGUGGUUAACCCUGGCUGUGUCUUUGCCCUUCUAUGUCUUCUUCCUCUACGCAUGGUCAGUCCCAAAAAUAGAGCCUCAAAUGAAAGUUUGAAUUAUGUUUGAUCCUGGAAAUUUAAGGAUCAAACACAGAACUGUUGCAUAAAUAAGAAAUCAACUGUUCCAAUAUGUCCUACAGGUGGUUUCAUGAGUCUUCACGAUGGUUAGUCUUGAGCAAUAACUCUGAGAAAGCCAUCAAGAACCUUAAGAGUGUUGCAAAGUUUAACGGGCGCCGCGAGGAGGGAGAAAAAAUUGAUAUUCAAGUGAGGAAAUGUUUGAAAUACUGCAGCAUGUUAUCUGUGUUUACAAGCGUGCAUAAAAAUAAAUCUGAAUCAUCACAACUCUUUCCUUAUGUGUAGAUGGUGCAGGAGUCUAUGAAGAAAGAGCUGUCCUGUUCGCAGGGCUCCUACUCUGUCCUGGAUCUGUUUCGCACUACCACAAUGAGGAACAUGACAAUCUGCCUCAGUGCUGUCUGGUACUUGUUACACUGCUGCUGUUCAAAAUCACAAGGAACAGUAAAAUUUUAACAACACAGCGCUUCAUCAUUUCAUACUUCUUGCAGGUUUUCAACAAGCUUUGGCUACUACGGUCUAGCCAUGGAUCUGCAAAAGUUUGGAGUGGACAUCUACUUGAUCCAAGUGAUCUUCGGAGCUGUCGACAUCCCCGCUAAAGUUGUCAUAACUGUGUCGAUGAGUUUUCUAGGAAGACGACCAUCACAGUGUGGUGCUGUCAUAAUUGGUGGAGUGAUGAUUCUGGCCAACCUGCUGGUACCUGCUGGUAUUUAAAACGCAUGCACACAAACAGAGGGUGAAUGUACCAACCCAAAAACAACACAAUGAUCAUAUUCAUCUUCCACUUCCAUGCAGAUAGAGAGACUUUGCGCACCAGUCUGGCUGUUGUGGGUAAAGGUUGCCUUGCUGCCUCCUUUAACUGCUGCUAUCUUUACACCGGAGAGCUGUAUCCAACUAUUAUUCGGUAAGGAUCAUUACGAGAAAACAUGCAAGUGUUUCACUGGUAGCACCUCCUAAUAUCUACUACACAUUAAACAUGACAGCAAACUUCAACAAAGAGGGCUGUAGGGUGGGUGUGUUGUUGGUCUGCAGUUCAUUAUCCAGACAUAAUUUGUCACAGGAAAGCAGCUAAAGGUCAGAGAGGAUUUUAGGCAGUUGCACUUGCACAUUAACAGUGACAAACAGAGUCCCCAAGAUGACACCAGGGCCAUGAGGGUGAUCAUAAACUGAGAGACCGCUUGGUUACACAGACUUGUUGAGUAACACUCAGACGUACAGUAUUUUUAAAUAAAGCUCACCACACUACGUUUAAAACAACUCAAGGGAUUUUUCAUUCAACAUCAUGGUCUGACAAAGAGGACAGCAACUUCACCCUCAGCUGUUAUCUACAAACUCCCUGUUUGAUCUUCUUACUUGGCUAAAUUUGCUGUCCUCUCUUAUCAGCACUUAGUGUCCUUCCAGUAGUGCUGUUCACUCCACGUGACACCUACCAAACAAAACCUUGUCAAACAUCCCUCCUAGUCAAAGGUUUGAUUGAACAGUAACCACAAGCUUUCUGAUCAAAUAAAACGUUCUCAUACCAGAGUUAUCUAACAGUUAGUUUAACAACUCCCCUAGUUACAUAAGUCUCCUGUCUGGAGUUUACCAUGAUGCAGACUCCUCUGAAUUUGACUCUUGACACCUAAAAGUUUAGUUUUUAAACACUGGGAUAUGACCCAGAUUUUAAUCUAGGUUUUCAGAUGGCAUGAGCUGCGUUUACAUAGGCACAAAUAAUCGGAAUAAACACCCGAUUGGAAUGAAAAUGCUAAAGACAUGUCGAUCUGCACAUUCUGACAUAAUUCAGCUCAAUCGGAAAGAAAUUGUAUUUCGAUCGAGAGGGGUGGUUUAUACCAUCGUUAUUCCGAAACGCGUCCUUGUAAACACUUAUUCCGAUUGCGACUCUCUUACCUGACUUGAUCUUCACUCUUUAGCCUUUGGUUUACUUAUUGAGACCAGUGCAGGAGGUUUCAUUGAUUCUUCACACUCUGGCACAAACACAACCGGAGGUGCCAUGUCUGCUCCUCAGGUAACAUCACAAGGCGAAUAUAUCACGUAAUGACGUCACAUCUGCACGCACAGUGCAACCUUUGACAGAACAGUAAAAUAAGUACGCGAGGGCGCCAUCUCGUGACAACAAAAAACAGGGGAAAACUCCUGAAUUGGAUGGAGUAAGCCACUAUCAUGUUUGUUGGUAUGUUGACAGCACAGGCCUCAAUACAACUCUUCCUCUGUGGUUGUUUUUAGCGAAAUCAGACAACUCUGCGCAUGUGCAAAUGCUUCUAAUCUGAACAAAGUUUCGUGUAUGUAUACGCACGUCAUGAUCGGAUUUUGCACUCAUAGAAACAGUGGAUUCAGAUUAUCCGACCCCUCAAUUUUUUAAUCGGAUCAAGGAAUUUUGCACAUGUAAACAUGGCUAUUGUCUUUUCAGUUUGUGAUCACAAAGCUUAUUUUGUGCAUCUCUAUGUUACUACAAUCUGGACUAUAGCUCUCAAAAGAUCACAGUAAAAUUGUAUGGUUCUGAAUUUUGCAUGGUGACAUCAAAUACCUUCAUUUCUCUCCCAGACAAAAUGGUAUGGGUUGGGUGUCUAUGAUGGCGCGUAUAGGAUCCAUGGUGGCCCCGAUGGUGCUUCUCAUGGGGGACUACACGCCUUGGAUUCCAGGUUUGAUCUAUGGUGGAUCACUAAUCAUCAGUGGAGUGGCUGCUGUAUUCCUCCCUGAAACACUUGGAUCACCUCUUCCUGAUACAAUACAGGAUGUGGAGGACAGGUAAGGCUGAGUUAAAGCCACUUGAAGAGUGAGUUAGGGAGCUAUAGGGGGUCUAGCUUUGCAAAAAAGAUAAAAUAAAUAACACUAAAUAAUUACUGAAGAUAAAAUUAAAUGCAUAACUUAAUGAACGACAUAAUUUUUAUUCUGAAGAUAACUCCUGAUCAACACAAAUGAAUGCAAAAGAAUCACUGACAAUGGAUCCAGUCAUAAUAUUCAACACAAAAAGAACCUGAGCACCGAUAAAAUGUUUCAUCUGAGAAUCAAGUCAAAUAGAAAUCAUCCCACAGCUGAAUACGUUGAAGGAAGCCACGGUGGUGGACUGUGUUGUCUGUGCUCACCUUUCACAUUGACAGCAUCCCUGCUCAUGAUGAAACAUGAGUGGACAAAAGGACUACUGCAUUUGGAAGUUACGACAUUUCUGAUGCCAAAUUCAGACCUCUGUUUUGACCGUUUUGCCCUUUUUGGUGCCAUCUCUUUAAAUAGAAAUACAACACAUUUCUGCUACCAUGGCAACAUGGUAGCAGAAAUGUGUUGUGUUUCUGCUGCUAGUUGACUCACCACAGCAGCUACUUAAGCUAUUUAUAUGCUUAAUUUAAGAGCAAAAAUAUAUAUUUGCAACCAUAACAAAACAGAAAGGGCAAAAUGGUCAUUAUCAUACACUGUAAUGUCAUAAUGUAGGCUAACUGCUGAAAAUGGUCUUAGUUAUUUUACUUAAUAAAUGUCUACAAGGCAGUUUGACCUCUCUAUCAUCCUCAUUCACAUCCUCAUUUUGUGACUGUUUAAAGGGGUUUUAAGACCCCACAGGCUCUAAAAUAUAAUCAGUAGUUUAAUGCAGGAGGAUUCAUCAUUAUGAUUUAGUCAAGAAACACCUGCUCGAGAGAGAAAGAAAAAAAAACAUGUUAAUCCAUGUUUGCCUUUUUAUUUUCAAUUUCUUUUCAAAAACAGGGGGUCUGGGAGAAGCUCCAGAAAGACACCAAAAGAAGAAAUAAUCCUGCAAAUGGCCCAGUCAGAUCUCCUAAAGCAGGCUGCCUGAGGGCGUUUCUGCUGUGCUCCUGACAUUUUUACUGACAUGUUAAUGAAAGUCGAGUGGGUACUGCUUUUUCUAUGCUCUCCUUUUAUGUUUGAUUUUUAUUUGGCGUGCAUUAUUUCUCUUGAAGGCUGGAAAAUUGGAGUUUGAAUGUUAUUAUUUACAGGUCAAUAUGCAGAGAAAUGAAUGUGUGCUAACAAUCAGACUUGGUUCAUUUUAUAUACAGUAGAAGAAGUCUUUGAACAGUUGUGUUUUAUAUUUUGUAUGUCUGUGUGUAAAAAGAGGAUAUUAUACUCAAUAAAAACCUUUUACAAGUUCAAUGCCA